AUGGGUGCAUAAGGAUCUAAUUUACCAAAUAAUAACUUAGUUGUACUUUUACAUUUAGAAGAUUUCAAAAAGCUGAAAGCAACAAUUGAAAGUAAAUAAAAAGAAACAGGAUUUAAUAUUAAUGAACCAAUAAAUAAAAUGGGAGAUACAUUAUUACAUUAUGCGGCCUAUAAAAAUAAUAAAUAAUUAAUUAAAUAUUUAAUUUAAUAAGGAGCAAGUGCUACAGUAUAAAAUUCCAGAGACUUAACUGCUGUAGAUGUUACUUAAGACGACGAAAUAAAAAGUAUAUUAUUAGGGAAAAUAAAUUGAAAAGAUAAUUUACUAACAGAAAAUAAUAUUAAUAUGACAUUCUAUAAAAUUAAAAAAUUAUAGUUU